AUAUAAUUGGAGAUGGACCAAACGCGCAAGCAACGAAUUUUUCAAACUCAAAAAUAUGACGCAAACUUGCACAGCAAUCCAAAUUCCUAAAAUUAACAAAAUUACUGUCGCUUUUGAUUCACACUUUUCCAGUUUUCAGUUUUCCCUCUCAACAACCAACUUCACAAACCCAACUACUUUUUCCUUCCACGCAACUGCAUGUUUUUCCCCUUCCUUUCAUACCCAAAACUCUCCCAUUUUCAGUUACAUUUUAGAAAAAUUAACCCUGUAACUGCCCUUUCCCCCACUUUAACCUCCUCUUCUUCAAGAUUGGAUUUUUUUCUAAUGGGGGGCCAAGAAAAGAAGAUUGAUCAAAGAACAAGGAAAGAGAUUAUUACGGCUUUCACAGUUUCUUCUCAUCACAAAUAUGCAGGGAUUGACCUUAUGCAGAACUGUGAUCUUCCCCCACCUUCCAAGGUUUUUGUUGGACCGGAUGAGACCAUUGUGUUUCCGAUGAAUCGGGCCUGUGAUGCUGUGGGUAAAGAAGGAGAGGAAGAACAACGGGAUGGAAGACAUUAUGGUACUUAUGGGGGUGAAAACGGUGGUGGCGAUGAUAGAGAUAAAAUUGAACUUCUGAAGGCCCUGCGAGCUUCGCAGACUCGUGCCAGGGAAGCGGAGAAGAAGGCUGCAGUUCUGAGGAAAGAAAGGGAUGGUCUUUCAGUGGCUCUGGUGGAGGAGGCUAUGCAGUUGUUCGCGUAUAGGCAGCAGGUGAGAUUGCUUGAGCUUCAAGUUUUGCACUUGCGAUUGCUGUGGCCAGAGAAGAAACUUGUAAAUUGUUGCGCUGACACAAUAGGAUCAUCAUCGAUGGAAGAUGGCUCUGAUGGAGAAAGGUCAAAUGUAAAAUUUGUUCUGGCUUUGGCUCUUACUUUGGGGAUUGGAGUGACCACUGUUCUUGCUUGCAAAUACUUCUUGUAAACUCGCCAACUUCUAUUGAAGUUGUUUCUAUAUAAUGAUUGCACAUGCAACUAGUAAACAAAUAUUUUUGACUCACGAAUCAAUAAAUAAUGUUCUAAACAACGGUUAAGCAUUCCCUAUUGAUUAAAUCCCCAAUUUGGUCCCCAAAAUUUAAACUAUGCAUCAAUUAAGUCUCUGACUUUCGUAAAUGACCAAUUACGUCCCUUAAAUUAAAAAAUGUGAAUUCACGUUCAUUCCUAAAUAAAUUGCCGUCUUAACAGUGCUGAUGUGUGCUGUACAUUUCAAAAAGGAAGGUUGGUAGAUUAUUCACUGUGACUAGGGAUACCAGUCGGAAGCAACUCGUGGGAGGAACCAAAAUCACCCUCUUCCUCAAGGAGGAUCAGAUGUUUAGGGUAAGAGGUUUGGCUGUGAAGAAUCUAUGUUUGGCUCGCAACGAGUGGUUGACGGAUGAAACAAUCAAAUGAUUACUUCCACUAGACCCAAUCUAGAGAUCAUAUACUUGAGCUAUUGCCAAAGCAUUUUAGAAGAAGUUGUUGUUGUUGAAGUCUUUUAAGAGAUGUCAUAGGAUUAAUGAUCUGAGCUUAGCUUAUUGUAGAGUGAGUCGAUUUCAUUUUGAGUUUGGGUAUAAAGAUCUUACAUUGUUUGUGUUGAACUUAUUUGGGUUAAUGAUUAGUGAUGUUUCACUUUCUGCAAUCUGAAAGAGUGCUUUUAGGCUAAAGCAGUUAAACAAUCAUUGUGGUCAAAACAGGCCAUAGUAAAGUGCAAGCAACUGAAGGUGAUAAACUUGAAGCUAUAUCAAAGAGUGGCUGCUGAUAUUGUUGAUUGGAUGGUUCUUGAAAGGCUAUCAUUGAGAAACAUAAUAACAGCUCCUUCUCAAUUUCCUCUCACUGAAUUUCAGAAGGAAAAUGGUAAGUUUCUCUCUAUUUUCCAGUGUACUGUUGUUCAAAGUAAUAUGAGUAUAAGGAGGUAGAUAAUUAAUUAUAGAUAAACAAUGAUGAAGUUUUCUUUAUUUACCAUUUUCAUAUUUUUACAAAUGCAAACCAUAGUCAUGUAGUUCAGGCACUUCGAAGUUCGAAGGCUUGGACUUGAAUAUUGCUUUGAAAAAAUCAUAAGCUUUGAUACUCUGAAUCCCUCCACCAACAUCAAUGUAGUUCUGGGAAGCCAACGAAAAGCAUGAAAUUGUCAAGUAUAAUGUUGCAAUUGAGGCAUCAGUGAUAGCUCAGUUCAAAAUACAAGUUUACUCUCUAGUGCCUUGUUUUGUGUAAGCGCCUAUCUGAUCAAUGUAAUUGUCAAGUUAUUUGAAUUUUAUUUAUACAAAUGAAUAUUUUGACCAGUACUAGGGACCUUUCUAUCAUUUCAAUUCUAGCACGUGUUUGCAUGUAUUCUAUUGUCUUUAAUCCAAACUCGUUUAUAACAAGUGAUAAUUUCAGAUUUCUUAA